CCACCGCCAGUGCCGCAACACUCCGACGCCCUUUUCCCGGCUCAGUUUUCUCUCUUACCCAAUUAAAUAAAAAAUUUUCAAAUCCACUUGCUUCCUUUGAAAAUUUUGAAAUCGCUAAUCUGUUCCCACUCCAAUCGAGCCACUUCAUCUGGCAAUCAUAGCUCUCUGUCGUCGCACGAUCCCACGUUUUCCAUCGUUGUUUCUUCGUCUCUACUCAGCUUGGCUUAUUUCAUCAACUCUCUGCUUUUUCAAUCGGUAGCAGUGGUCUAAAUUCCUAAACAACGGUAACUAUGGAACCUGAGCAGAGCAGUGGUGGAGGAUUAUAUGUUCCUGGGAAGCAGAGAGUCGAGUUCAGAGCUCCUCAAAGGAGGUCCCUUUUAGCAUUCGGGAUGAGAAGUCAAGAUUGGUUUUCAAAUAACAAGGGAUGCAAUGAUGAAGGUGAUCCACAGGUUGUUUUCAAUGUUUUGGAUGCAAUGCUUAAUGGUAGUUUGGAGCGCUUGAAAUCAAUGAGGGAAGGCAUAUCAUCUAUUAAAGCAGGCCUUAUAGGACGUGUUAUGAAUGUCAGUUGUGCAGGAUAUAUAGCUAUAAUCAGGGAUUUAUGUUUGGUAGGCAAGUUGGGAGCAGCUCUAUGGCUGAGGAGAAAAAUGGUACAGAAGGGUUUUGUUCCUGAUGUGAUAACUCACAAUUAUUUGGUGAAUGGAUUAUGCAAAACUGGGGACUUGGGGAGUGCUGAUUGGCUUAUUAGAGAGAUGUUAGAAAUGGGUCCAUCUCCCAAUUGUGCUACUUAUAACACGUUUAUAAAGGGUUAUUGUCUUAUAAAUGAUGUUGAUAAAGCUCUUUUUAUUUUUGCAACUAUGAAUAAUAAUGGUAUCAGGCCAAAUAGGGUUACUUUCAACAUACUUGUGCAUGCACUCUGCAAGAGAGGCCUUUUGGAGAAUGCCAAAAAACUUCUUAGCGAGAUAUUAGAGGAUGAUGAUGAAAAGAAGAGAUCUGAUUUAAUUACCUCAACCAUACUCAUGGAUGGUUGUAUCAAGAAUGGAGAUAUUGUUCAGGCCUUUGGCAUUUGGGAUACCAUGUCCCAAAAGAAUACCCUAAUGGAUGCUAUUGCAUAUAACGUCCUUAUCCAUGGAUUGUGUUUGACUGAAAACAUGAAACUUGCAUAUAGCUACUCUUGUGAAAUGCUCAAAAGAGGCUUACUUCCUGAUAUCUUUACGUAUAACACUCUUAUAUCUGGUCUUUGCAAAGCUGGAAAAUUGUAUGAGGCUUGUCACAUCCAUGAUGUAAUGUUGAGAAUGGGAGUUGCGCCUGAUCAUAUAUCAUACAAAAUACUGAUUCAGGGGCUAUGUGCUCAGGGAGAUGUUUUUAGGGCUAAUGACUAUCUUCAUUGUAUGUUAAAGAAGUCAAUGGUACCAGAGCCUCAAGUGUGGAACCUUAUAAUUAAUGGUUAUGGGAGAUGUGGAGAUCCUGAUAAUGCAUUUGCUAUUAGAGGUCAAAUGAUGUCUUUUGGUGUUUUACCUAAUGUAUUUACCUACAAUGCAUUGAUUCAUGCACAUGUAAAAGUACAAAACAUUGUUGGUGCAAAUUCGCUCAAAAAGGAGAUGGUUUGUCAUGGUCUUUUCCCUGAUGUGGUUACCUACAAUCUUUUGAUCAGUGCAGCUUGUAAUGAGGGGCGCAUUCAUUUUGCACUUCACUUGUAUAAUGAAAUGUUGGGAAGGGGAUAUGAACCAGAUAUGAUAACUUACACUGAGCUCAUUAAAGGUCAUUGUGUGAUGGGGAAAAUGAAUGAGGCAGCGAAUCUUUUUUCCAAGUUACAGAAUUCUGGUCUUGCAGUUGAUCAUGUUCCAUUUCAGAUACUUAUCAAGAAGUACUGCAUAAUGAGGGAGACUGAUAGGGCAUUUGACCUCUAUCAAAAGUGGUUGACAAGGAAAAAUGUAGGCAAUGACUUUGAACCUUGCAUAUGAUCUUUCUAAAGUGGAGCUGAGGUGUAUCUGGAACUCUGGGAUUAGUGCAGUGCAUUCAUUUUGCUGUCAGGGUCAGUGAGGAAUAAAGCUUUGAGUUCAUCAUAUCAGUUGGAGCUCAGUAGCCUGGUUGAGAGCACCGACAAAGAUGAAGACUUCAUAUACAAGCAGCUGUAGUUACAUGCUCUUAGAAGUGAAGUACAGCUCAUUUGAAAUGUUAACAGCUGCUUAUGAGAAGCGCAAGAUAUUUGACAAGUUAUCAUACCAGAUUCUUGUUGAUACAUGUUCAUCAAAAUCAAUGCUCUGGGUUGCUGUUGGAUCCAAAACAUGAAAUCCCAAUACAUUACUCAACAACUCAUUCCAUCUGCAAUGCUGGGAGAAAGUGCCAUAAGAACUCAAAUAGCACCUUGGGCAUUCAGCACUUGACUUGAAACUCCUAUUUUUGUUUAUAUGAAAAGAGCUUUGGUUUGGGUUUUAGCAGAAGCAGUGGUGUAACGGGGAGGUCUCUUAUAUUUUGUGUAGUGUCUGACCAAUGAUAUUGGAUUGAACCAAAAGGAAGAAAACCCAAGAUUGAUAGUAAAAAAAGAAAUAGGCUAGCUCAACAUCGCUUGAAUGAUUUGGUGUUUGUCAAGUAUAAUCAGUCAUUGAAGCGUCGAUGUGAUGCACGUGACCUCAUUGACCCCAUCUCAUUGAAAGACAUUGAUGAUAGUAAUGAAUGGUUGAUGGGUCAAACGGAGGAAGAGAUAGAUAGAGAUGAACUUGUUUUUGAAGAUGAUGAUUUGACAUGGAAUGUUGUUACUGAAGCUAUUGGAGCUGAAGAGGAUGCCUACAACACUAGAUUAAGUAAAGGGAAAAAUGCUGCAUCUACACCUAUUCCUAGAUCUACAUCAUAGCAAAAAAGAAAAGCACCAUCCACUCGUACUUCUUCACUUCUUGAAGACGAGGAAGAAAAAGAUGAUGAUGAAGAUGUUGAGUUGGAAGAUGAGUAUGAGAAGGAUAAUGAAGUUGAUGAAGAAGAUGAAGAGGACUUUGAUAUUUCUAUUGAUGUGGAUUGAACAUUUAGUAGUUUACUAGUUUAUUAAACUUUAACUUUUAGUAGUUUAUUAGUGUCUUUAACUUUUAGUAGUUUGUUUUUACCUCUUUUGGAUUGCAAAAUUAUUAUUACUUGAAUGCUUGUUGGUUGUUAUUAUGUAGUUUUAUGUUACUUGAGAUUUGAUAGCA